UUGGCCUAAAAUAUAAAUUAACAUAAUAAUUGGAAUGUAACCCACUAUUCUACUUCUACCUCAUUAAAAAGCCUUAAACCCAAACACACACACACACACACAGAACACACACAAUCACUCCAUCGAAUAUUCGAUUUCUCCUCCUCCCACUCCGGCGAAUCCUUUUCCUCUUUAAUUUCACACACUACACACAAAUAAACACACUUCUCCGACUACUACGCAAAACCACAUACAUAUAUAUAUCCGUUUUAAUUAUUACAACCAUCCAGCAAAAAUGGCGUCGACCGGCAUGUUAACUUUUCGGCCUCCCGCGGUGGUGCGAGCCAGCCGCACCACCGCCUCCGACGGCAGCAGAGCAGACUACGGCAAAAUGAAUUCAUCUCCGAAUUGGUGGUCCCCACUCUUCGGAUUCUCUUCCGAUCCGGACUACAUCAGCCCGGACGACGACAGGAAGAGCAAGCCGCCGCCGCCGUCGGCGGCGGCGGACGAAGAUCCGAAGCCGGCGAAAAUCCGGUUCAGCCCGGGAUCCUUCACGGAGAAGAAAGCAAGGCAGAUGCGGAGGAUGACGAACGAAGCGGCGUCGUUUCACGAUCUCAUGUACCACUCCGCCAUUGCUACCAGGCUCGCCUCCGAUUUCUCCGACCGCACCGAUAAUUGAAUUAUUGCUUUAUCCGUUACUUUUAUUUAUUUAUUAUUAUUUUGUUUUUUUUUUUAUUUUCAGAAAUUUGUAUAAUAUAGAAAUGGUGGGAGUGGGAUCUGAGGGGUAAGCAUGUAAUUUUAUAAUCUAUGCUUAUGUAAAUUUAAGUGGGAUCACUUGUAAGAUACGCAAUGAUUAUUAUUAUUCUAAUGAUUUUCAU